AUUGUUAGUAGCCUCCCCACACGAAAAACACCCCUAACGGGAACAACUAAAGGACGGCAAAGGACACGGGCAUAGCCGAAAUAUUUGGAUGGAAAAAUAACGAAUAAAAUGUCUAGCAGUCAGAAUAUCGCUUUAAAAUAAACUCCCUAACUUAAUCCGCCCAAUUCAGUGACUUUUGCAAUAGCAAAAGUAGACAUAAAAGUGUAACAGUUUAUUCAUUCCAAUCAACAAAAUGUUCAGGAGCAAAAAUGAGGGGAAUAUUGUGUACAAAUGCACAGUGCGACUCCUCGACGAUUCCGACGUCCUAGAAUGUGAAUUUCAGCCGUUCCAUAAAGGUAUUUACCUACUGGAGUACUUGUGUGGUGAGUUGGAGAUAAAAGAGAAGGAUUACUUCGGCUUGCGAUAUGUUGACUCCGCAAAACAAAGGCACUGGCUCGACCUGUCCAAGUCCAUAAUAAAGCAAUGUAAAGAAAUGGAUCCAUUAUUAUUUUCGCUGCGAGUGAAGUUCUACCCAGCGGAUCCAUUUCGACUGACUGGAAAUGCACGGAUUAUGCUAUACCAGCAAUUAAAAAGGGACCUUCGACAUGGUCGUUUGUAUUGCUCCUUGGGCGAAGCGGCAGCAUUGGGUGCUCUAAUUGUUCAAGAAGAGCUUGGCGACUAUAACGAAGAUGUCCAUAUAGGAGGUUAUGUAUCUUCCAUAGAAUUAGCCCUACGGCAGACGGAGUAUCUGGAAAAGAAGAUAAUAGAGCUGCAUAAAAAGCGGGAGCCUGGACAGGAUCUCUCCUUGGCAAUGGACGAGUUCCUGGGCAUAGCACGCGGCUUGGAAACCUACGGCAUUGAUCCGCAUCCAGUGAAGGAUCACCGCGGAUCGCAGCAGUAUAUUGGAAUAAAUAACUCGGGUAUUAGCACGUUCGUUACCGGCAAACGAUCUCAACACUUUCGCUGGAACGAAAUACAUAAAAUCAAUUUUGAAGGCAAAAUGUUUAUAGCGCAUCUUAGUUAUACCGACGCAAGCCGUGAGCCGAAAAAACACACAGUGGGCUUCAAGUGUCCUACCGGCGCCGCUUGUCGAUAUUUGUGGAGAUGUGCCAUCGAACAAAUGCUGUUCUUUACAUUGCCCAAUAGCCAAAGUGCUGCUGUGAUUUCAGGCGGAGGAUUUUUCUCCUGGGGUACAAAAUUCCGAUACACUGGAAGAACUGAGCGCGAAAUUUUGACUGAAAAUAUAAAUGCAUUGCGGGAACAAAAAAUAAAUAACUCAAACUCAAGCAAGCGAAAGGCGAGCAGUGUGCCAGCCACGCCCUCCAGCCCACAAGGCGAUUUAGCACAAAUACGAUACAGCAGUUUACCGAGAUCAACGAUGUCGGAGCCCCUGGGCUAUGGGAUGCCAAAUGGCCACUUCUACGGGCAGGACCACGGAAUGAGUGAGGUCAAUGGGGGUAUCCAGAUCUCCAGCCUGGAGCCCGUGUGCGAGGAGGCUCGGCUGAGGUCGUCGAACAUCGAGGGCGUCAACUACUUGGCGACCCAGAUCGGGGGCUACACAUACCGGGAUUCCGUCGAACAUUCUUCCACUGAGAGCGGCCUGACUGUGAAUGGCUACGACCAUCCGAGGAAGCACAACGACUCGAAGCAACACGGAUCCUACUCCCCCAAUCUGUACUACGGACAGUCCGAUGCCUUGAACUCCAGUUCGCCUGCCGACAACUUUCUGCAUUCGACUGAUCCGAAUCGUAAAGUGAAGAAGUUUCGCAAAUUCCACCUACUACACGCCUUUGUGCCGUCCGUCAUCUUUGUGGCUUUUGCGAUGGCCGGAACGGCUGUGUUUAUUAUGGAAUCCGAGUCGGAGGCCUUUGAGCAAUUGCGCAAUUCCCCCGAAAUGCUCUGUUUGCGCUAUCAGUACUAUCAGCCUUUGAAAGAGUUCGUUUUGGAAAAGCUCGGCGGUCGGAGAAAAUAAGAGUUUUUAAUUAUGUAGACGCAUGUUUAAUUCCACUAGCAACUGCUGUAUCGGGUAUUUUAAGUGAAUUCUCUAUUAUUACGCAAUAAUGAUUCCAUAUUUAAU